AUGAGCCACGGUCACCUCCCACGGCCUCUCGCCCGCGUCUGCGUCACCCGGCACAGGGCCGAGCCCGUGUUCACGUCCCUGCCCCGGGCCCUCGGGCCUCCCUCGGGCCCCAUCCUGCUCCCUUCCUGUCUCCUCUCCGGACCCCUCUCUUCUGGGCUCAGCUGCACCCUCCCGGCGGGGCAGGGAACCUGGAAGCUCCCCUUUUCCUGGGCCCCCGCGAGUGCGCCGGAAGCCACAGGCCAGCAGACAGGCCGAGCCCCGCAGGCUGAGCCCGAGGUGGGCUCCGGCACGCCCGCGGGUGGGCGUGCGCCGCCGGUGGGCAGCCAGAGAGCGGAAGGCGGGGCGCGGGCUUCGGGGGGGGGCAGAGCCGGAGCGCGGGGGCCCCAGCACGGGCCCUGUGUGGGCACAGAGCUGGUGACUCAGGGCCGCAGGGAAAGCCCAAGGUCGGUGAUAAAAGUCCCCCCUGGAAACAAGCUGGUCUCAGUUAAGCAGCGGCUGGGUGGCUUCACAGAAAGCGGGGAGCGGCCCCCCACCCCCGGGCCCCAGGCGGUGGACCAGGAGUCAGCCUCUGGGGUCCCCGGCAAACUGGACAUCCAGAACCAGGGGGGCGUCCUCGGGGACGCACCCAGCGAAGCUCACCCGCGGCCCCACGCGGAGCGCUUCGGCAGGGAGGAGGCUGAGCCGGCACCCGGCACCCGGCGGCAGGAAGGCCGUGGACAGCAGCCACCGCGGCCCCUGCAGGCUGCGUGGUCGAGCCAGCGACGAAAUCCUCGCUGUGAGCGCGUGGCCUUCGCAGGGGGCCCCGCUCGGGCGCCGGGGCGUCCACUGGCCGGGCAGCGCCUGCUGUCGCCUCUGUCUGGGAGCCCCGAAGGCCCCUCGUCCAAGAUGGCGCCGGCCGCCCAGGAGGCCGCAGCGCGGCAGCGGGUCACUCACCGCAGCGAGAGGCCUCAGCUGGGGGCAGCCCCAGCCCGGAGGUCGAUGGAGCAGUCCACUGUGUGCGAGAAGAUCAUGGAGCUGCUGGGACAGAACGAAGUGGACCACAGGCAGCGGAAGCUGGUCAUUCUGAGCCAAGACCGUUUCUAUAAGGUCCUGACCACGGAACAGAAGGCCAAGGCCUUGAAGGGACAGUACAAUUUCGACCACCCAGAUGCUUUUGAUAACGACCUGAUGCACAGGACUCUGAAAAACAUCGUGGAGGGCAAGACUGUCGAGGUGCCCACCUAUGACUUUGUGACCCACUCCAGGUUGCCAGAGACCACGGUGGUCUACCCGGCGGACGUGGUCCUGUUUGAGGGCAUCUUGGUGUUCUACAGCCAGGACAUCCGGGACAUGUUCCACCUGCGCCUCUUCGUGGACACCGACUCCGACGUCAGGCUGUCCCGGAGAGUGCUCCGGGACGUGCAGCGCGGGCGGGACCUGGAGCAGAUCCUGACGCAGUACACCACCUUCGUGAAGCCGGCCUUCGAGGAGUUCUGCCUGCCGACCAAGAAGUAUGCUGACGUGAUCAUCCCGCGCGGGGUUGACAACAUGGUCGCCAUCAACCUGAUCGUGCAGCACAUCCAGGACAUCCUCAGCGGCGACCUCUGCAGGUGGCAUCGGGGGGGCACCAACGGGCGGAGCUGCAAGAGGACCUUCCCCGAGCCGGGGGGCCAUCCUGGGGUGCUGGCCACGGGCAAACGGUCGCACUUGGAGUCAAGCAGCCGGCCCCACUGAGGAGCGGGUGUCGCCCGAGGGC